AUGCUACCCGAUAUUGGUCGUACGGCUUUUCUGGAAUGGGAAAGGGAGGAAGAUCGAUGCGAUGCGAUCGUGCAACGAAUCGUUACAGAAGAUAGAGCAACAGUAACGGACGAUGCACCGUCUAGACUUCACUCGAUCUGGUUAUCGCAACAAUGCGAAACGCGUGCCGGACCUGAACACGUGAUACGAAAAUACGGUUUCUUCGAAAACAGCACAUUUCUUUUGUUACGAUUCCAUUACGCCGAAGAAUCGUGUAGUAUCGCAACUUAUGGUAUAGUGGCGCGUGGUUCGAUCGAAAUUUCUUCACCGUCCAUCAAAGUUCCCGGUGCCACUGAAGCUAACGUUCGGUUGGACUCGGUUCAUUUGAUACCGUUUACCAGACAGGUUGCUCAUAAAUUUGGACGUAGAAUAAAUACAAAUUGUGGCGGCGGCGACGGUGGCAUGGAAACAAAAUGGCGUCCGUACCGGGCUCAACUAAUUUACGAACGGCCGGUCGAUAUUUCGUCGAGUCCGAGUCUGGAUUCUCGUGGGCUGAACUCGAAUUCGUUUGAAAGCCGUUUACGAAGGCCGAAAAAUCGAGACACGUUCAGUUGCUUGGAAUUCCUUGGCGUCGAGUUCACCGAGCUAAAGUUAUUCCGUGUCGAGAAGAGAAGAAUCGGGAUAUCGAGCGUUUCUGGAUCGUCGAAUCGAGACUCGGUCGACAGGAACCAGCUGGGAAUGAGAAUUGAACUGCUACUCGGUGGAUCACCUCGAAACGGACGUUUUUUCAAGUUCCCCACGCAAACGCCGAGCCGAUUGCAGCCUGUGACGUUACUACGCGCCGAUACGGUGUCCGACUGUCCAAUUUGUGGGAACGUGUUGCGCGCGACAGAGUACAAUCCGCCACUGUUGCACCAAGCUCCGACGCUGCCAGCGUUGAUCGGUGGACUUUGGCUGAGCCAAAGGUGUGAAAGCGUCGAUGAAGGUUUCUGGACUAGAAGGGUGUUUCGAAUCUAUUCGGCGGAAGGUCGAUGGGCAGCGCGUUGGACGUACUACGCCGACUCUACGUGUUCGAUCCUUUUGUAUACAGUUACCGCGGCCGGCACUUACCUGCAACGAGCCUUGAGAAGAAAACGACAAAUUCUGAGUGCUAGAAACGAUGUCGAACCAUCAUUGUAUUCGAAUCUUGCCGCGCACGACGCGUUUGCUCGCGACAUUAACCUUGGAGUCGGUGAACCGUUGGAAAGGUCGGACUCGAAUCUCUAUCCCGUUCGGAUGUCGCGAAGUUUUGGAGGAUCCGAGACUGGAUUACCGAUUGCUGCUUCGACCGUGCGACAAGGACGUCGUCGAAGUAGACCGAAAACGGGCUAUUUCGAGUCCGCCAAUCGAAUCGUCCAUUUUUCUGGGAAAAACGUUGCGCCGUUACCUUCCGGAACGAUUGAAUUGAAAUUACAAGUGAUGGAGAGUCGUUCGAUUCCCACCGACAGACUGAUCGAACUGCUGGCUCGUUGCGAUGCAACCAGGGAAACAUUUACGGAUUCCGGAAACGCGACAGAGUCGAUUACAGAUGACGCUAUUUCAAUAACCUUGUCGAAGAACUGUAUACCCCAAACAGUCGAGGCUCCAGCGAUUUUGAUGUUCAAGGCGAGAGUAAAUCUUGAUUGGAACGGUGACUAUGCAUUGCUUUUAGCAUCGUGGAAGGACGAUGUUUGGGAGGCGCCUCUUCUGCGAUGCUCCGACAACGAGAGCAAAACAAAAAAUUGGUCCAAAAUGGGUAACUCUCCUGUAUGUAUGUAA